UUCCACCAGAUGGCCUUAUAUUUGUCACACUCUUUGCCUGUCCAGCUCUGGUGUGGUUUGAAGUUUGAACAACUAAUACUACCGCCAAGGCGUGAACGGGUCGGGUCGCAAUUUCUCUUCCAGAAGACGAAGCAUACCGCGACUGAAGAAGACUCCCGACGAUUUUUGUGAAGUUCAAAGAAGAUGGUGGAAGCGAGGAACAGCAAGGUAUCGUCACAAUGGUGGUGGUUCGAGACUCAGAAGAACGGCUACAAGAAUCGCACCCCGUGGCUUCAAUCAACUGUUGAUGAGUUAGAUAAGAGGAUAAAUGCAAUGUUAAGGAUAAUCGAGGGAGAUGCAGAUUCAUUUGCACGGAGAGCGGAGAUGUUUUACAAGAAACGGCCUGAGCUCAUCAACAUGGUUCAUGAGUUGUACAGGGCCCACCGCUUACUAGCUGAAGGAUACGAUCAAGUGAAGUCUGAAUCUGGUGUUCGCAUCUUAUCCCCCUGGCAAUUCCAACUGAGUAAUAACUUCAAAUAUCAGUCCGAGAAAUCGGUAAGCUCAACUGAUAUGACUUAUGAUAGUCACUCGGAAGAAACAUUUGACCUUGAGGAGUCUGAGUUGUCUGAUGUUGAGGACCCCACUGAACCAGAAGGCGCCCAAAUUCAGAAGGAAAAUGGAAUUGAGAAAACUUCAGUCUGCAAUGGCGAAGUGGAGAAGCUGAAGGAAGAAAUCGAGAGACUAAAAGAAGAGAGCAGAACUCAAAAGGAACUGCUGGCACAGAAGGAUGAAGAAAAACGAGAAGCCAUCAGACAACUUAGUUUGGCUAUGGAUUUCUUGAGGGAAGAAAAUACAAGUCUAAAGAAGGAAGUCUACUUGAUGAAUGUUGGUAGGGAAGCCCAACGACCUCCCAUGAUGAAGGUGGCACCAAGAGAAGGGGGGUUCUGGAGGAAGUUCUUCCCUGCUGCUCAUCCAAAAGCUGAAGUUAGUCUGGUCACUUUCUAGAUUCCGGGUUUAAUGCCAUAUUGCGCUAAGUGUAUUGCAGCAUGUAGUAUAUAAUCUGUAGAGGACACUAUGCUUGUUCUGGUCUUUGUUUCGUUAGUGUGGAUUCCCUGUGAUGUAUGCUAGCAGAAGAUGUUAACUGAUCCCUAUAUAUUUUUGCUUCUUAUGUUUCCUUUA